AUGAAGUUUCUCGAGCGGAGUAGACGACGAAUUGAAAUUGAGGGCCGUCGGACGGGCUUCUCGCGGGCGGACGCCGGAAGGGCUUCUCGCGAGUCGGCGGUUGCGGCUGAAAUUGAGGGAAAAAAGGGCUUCGUUUCUCCGUUCGACCCUCUGUUUGGGACGGACUCCGACGAGCAAGAAGGGCGACGACCAACGAGAAAUCUCAGGUGGGCAGCGCAGCUGGUCGACAGGUGUCCCGUUACUCGGCCAGUUUGCUCGCCACGUAUCUCCUCGUACAUCAUCUUCCUCGUACUCACAUCGCUGCUUCUCUAUUUCAACCUCGCCACUUCUCUGUUACCGACUCAGAACUACGUUCUUGCUCUGGAUUCUACACUCCAUAAGGACAGGGCCAAAAUGCAAUUCGGAAACUUUAGUAAGUGCUCUCGCAAGAUUGAUCAUGGCUCAUUGUGUAGAGGUUUCAGAAUGUUGGAUGCAGACUUUUUGUCCGAAUCUAAGAUGCUGGAGAUUGAAAAAGGUGCAGAGGAGCUCAAUAUUCCUAUUAUUCAGUCGAACCGAAAAUUAGUUGCCUCCGUUAAUGGUGGAUUAGAAAAUCCAUCUAGUUUAGUUUUCACUUCUGCUUGGAAUCAUGAUGGUGGUGUCCAAAAUGCCCCUAAAAGAUUCAAGUAUCCUUCUGUGUCUAAUGUAGAAAGGCCAAACAGUGAUGACGACAUUGCCUUUUUGAGUAUUCUGGAACUGGGCCACCUGAUCAAGUCAAAGCAAAUUACGUCUGAGGACCUGACACGAAUCUUUCUUAAUAGAUUGAAAAGGUAUGGCCCUGUCCUUGAAUCUGUCAUCACUAUAACAGAAGAGUUGGCAUACGAGCAAGCAAAACGAGCUGAUCAGUUGCUUGCGGAAGGCAAAUAUAUUGGCCCACUACAUGGAAUUCCAUAUGGCUUGAAGGACAUUAUUGCUGUACCACAUUACAAGACGACAUGGGGUUCUAAAACAUUUAAAAAUCAAGUUCUGGACAUUGAAGCUUGGGUUUAUAAGAGGCUGAAAUCUGCUGGGGCAGUUCUUCUUGCAAAGCUUGUAACUGGAUCACUUGCUUAUGAUGAUAUAUGGUUCGGGGGUAGGACAAGAAACCCUUGGAAUAUCGAGGAAUAUUCCACUGGUUCAUCAGCUGGACCAGCCUCUAGCACCUCAGCUGGUUUGGUUCCUUUUGCAAUUGGUUCAGAAACUGCUGGAUCAAUCACGUAUCCUGCUGCUCGAUGUGGCUCAACGGCACUAAGGCCAACUUUUGGAACUGUGGGCCGAACUGGUGUUUUGAGCUUAUCCGAGAGCUUGGAUAAAUUAGGACCAUUCUGUAGAGAUGCUACGGACUGUGCAAUUGUACUGGACGUAAUCCGUGGCAAGGAUCCAGAUGAUCUUUCAUCUACAAACAUACCAUUUUCUGACCCGUUCGCCGUUGAUGUGACAAAGCUAAACGUUGGGUACCUUGAGGCUGCCGAGAUGGAAGUGGUCGAAAAGCUUCGUUCUAAAGGCGUGAAUAUGAUCCCGUUUAAGCUUAAUUACACUGUUGAGUCUGCUCAAGGUAUUCUCAACUUCACCAUGGAUGUUGACAUGUUGGCCCACUUCGACCAGUGGCAGCGCGCGGGGCUGGAUGACGAUUACGAAGCCCAGGACCAGUGGCCUCUUGAACUCCGGCGGGCCCGUGUCGUGCCUGCCGUAGAUUAUAUCCAAGCACAAAGAGCUAGAGGGAAGCUAAUACGAGAAGUAAGAGAAAGUUUCAAAGUCGAUGCCUUUGUUGGGAAUGCGACUGACUGGGAACUUGUUUGCGUGGGGAAUCUCGUGGGCAUGCCCGUAGUUGUUUUGCCGACUGGGUUUAAGCAAAUAUCUGAUGCUCCUUCGAAUGAAACUCGAAGGAAAACUACAGUCCCAGCAGGUCUUUUCGCACCGCCAGGGCAUGAUCACAUCGCUUUGGCGUUGGCUAUGGCGUACCAGUCUGUGACUGACCAUCACAAGCAACGGCCGCCUAUUGAUGAUUUGGGACCGGGGGAUUCGAUCCCAAAUCCACCAACAAGAGCAAUACCACCCAGACAACUGCGUUAG